GUGCGUGCGUGUGUGUAUGUGUGUGUAUAUGUGUGUGUGCAGAUCCCUCCCUCUCCUUCCUCUCCUCUCCCUGCCUGGCUCCAGCUGCUGUGUGCUGCCGUCGGCCUGCCCUGUCUGCCUCUGAGCCUGCCGGGAGUUUGGGGGGGAGAAAACCGUCGAGGGAGAGAGCGAACGACCAAAGGGGGUGAUAGUGUGUGUAUAUGUGUGUGUUGAAGCGUGCGUGCGUGUGUGUGUGAGCGCGCGCGGGUCCAAACUGGAAACCACUACCAAAAAGCGCACACAUUGAAGUCGACUUUAAUGCGCUCCGGCUGGCUUGUUGGCACUACUUUCCAGAGCAGUGGAUACGGCGGAGAGCUCUGAAACUUGCGUGAUUGUUUUUUUCUUCUCCUCCUGUGGUAGCAGCAGUGCUGUUGAGCUGCUCUACUAGUUGAGUGGAUCCAUUGGUCGCAGCAGGAUUGCGCAUUGGCCCUGCUUGUACAUACACCGCUUAUCCCGAAGGAAGAGGAACAAUGAAGGACUAAACGUUUUCUUCUUGCUCCAAGUCGAGCUUGUUGCAAAGUUAAAUCCGUUCAUAGUGUCAUUUUUUUUUUAUCUCGCGCUUCCUUUUUUUUCGUCCUGUGUGUGGGAUGCGUCGGCUGCUGUAGGAUCCCCCCUUGUUGACAAGAAGAAGUUUACAACAAGCUCCGGACACUAGCAGCCAGAAAAUGUCCACGCCGAGGUUCAAAAAGGAUAAAGAAAUCAUCGCGGAGUACGAGAGUCAAGUAAAAGAGAUCCGGGCCCAGUUGGUGGAGCAGCAGAAAUGUCUGGACCAGCAGACAGAGAUGAGGGUCCAGCUGCUGCAGGAUCUGCAGGACUUCUUCAGGAAAAAGGCAGAGAUUGAGAUGGAAUACUCCAGAAACCUGGAGAAACUGGCCGAGCGCUUCAUGGCAAAGACUCGCAGCACCAAGGAUCACCAGCAGUACAAGAAAGACCAGAACCUGCUGUCGCCAGUCAACUGUUGGUACCUGCUGCUGAACCAAGUGAGGAGGGAGAGUAAGGACCACGCCACACUGAGCGACAUCUACCUCAACAACGUCAUCAUGAGGUUCAUGCAGAUCAGCGAGGACUCCACGCGGCUACUCAAGAAGAGCAAGGAAAUAGCCUUUCAGCUCCAGGAAGACUUAAUGAAGGUCCUAAAUGAGCUAUACACAGUGAUGAAGACCUACCACAUGUACCACUCGGAGAGCAUCAGCGCCGAGAGCAAGCUGAAGGAGGCUGAGAAGCAAGAGGAGAAGCAGAUUGGCAGGGGAGAUCCUGUCUUCAGCAUCCGAAUGGAGGACAAAUACCAGAAGCGCAACUCCGUGAAGAAGAUUGAGAAGAUGAAAGAGAAGCGUCAAGCCAAGUACUCCGAGAACAAGCUGAAGUCGAUCAAAGCGCGGAACGAGUACCUACUGACACUGGAAGCGUCAAACUCCUCCGUUUUCAAAUACUACAUCCACGACUUGUCGGACUUAAUUGAUUGCUGUGAUUUGGGGUACCACGCCAGUCUGAAUCGGGCAUUGCGGACCUACCUGUCAGCCGAAUACAACCUUGAGACGUCACGCCACGAGGGUCUUGACAUCAUCGAAAAUGCUGUGGACAGUUUGGACCCACGCAGUGAUCGACAGAGGUUCAUGGAGAUGUACCCUACAGCCUUCUGCCCACCAGCAAAAUUCGAGUUCCAGCCUCACAUGGGAGACGAGGUGUGUCAGAUCUCAGUGCAGCCACCAGUGAACGGGGAGCUCAUACUGAGGUUCCAGCAGCUGCAGUCUCGCCUAGCUACUCUGAAGAUCGAAAACGAAGAGAUCAAAAAGACGUCAGAGGCCACCCUCACCACCAUCCAGGACAUGGUGACCAUCGAAGACUAUGACGUGUCCGAGUGUUUCCACCACAGCAGAUCCACCGAGUCAGUCAAGUCCACUGUGUCGGAGACGUACCUCAGCAAACCCAGCAUUGCCAAGAGGAGGGCCAACCAGCAGGAGACAGAGCAGUUCUACUUCAUGAAAUUCCGGGAGUUUCUGGAGGGCAGCAAUCUCAUCUCCAAACUGCAGGCCAAACAUGACUUGCUGAAGAGGACACUUGGUGAAGGCCACAGAGCUGACUACAUGACCACAAGACAUCCCAAUGGUCCGCUCAAAACCCACACUGGCACCCGGCGGGCUAGACCCCGCUCUGUUUUUAAUGUUAGGUUAUUUAAUGGCAAUUUGGAGUCAUUUAUCAAGGACUCUGGACAGGCUAUUCCUCGUGUGGUUGAAAGCUGUAUUCGCUACAUAAAUUUGUAUGGCCUUCAACAUCAAGGAAUAUUUCGCGUAUCUGGAUCCCAGCUGGAAGUCAAUGACAUCAAGAACUCGUUUGAGAGAGGAAACGACCCUCUGACAGAUGAUGAGAACAAUCAUGACAUCAACUCGGUGGCUGGCGUUCUCAAACUCUAUUUCCGAGGUCUGGAGAACCCUCUUUUCCCCAAAGAGAGGUUCAGUGAUCUGCUCUCCUGCAUCAGAAUAGAAAACCUGUAUGAGAGAGCGCUGUACAUCCGCAAGAUCCUCCUGACCAUUCCGAGAUCAGUCCUCAUCGUUAUGCGCUACCUCUUCGCCUUCCUCAACCACCUGUCCCAGUACAGUGACGAGAACAUGAUGGACCCAUACAACCUGGCCAUAUGCUUUGGCCCCACACUCAUGCCCACGCCGGACAGCCAGGACCAGGUGUCCUGCCAGGCCCACGUGAACGAAAUCAUCAAGACCAUCAUCAUCCACCAUGAGACCAUCUUUCCUGAUGCCAAAGAACUGGACGGGCCCAUCUAUGAGAAGUGCAUGGCUGGAGGAGACUAUUGUGAGAGCCCCUACAGUGAACAUGGAGCCCUGGAGGAGGUAGAUAAUGAGGGAGGGACGGAGACACACACCAGUGAGGAUGAGGGUGAGCCCAUUGAAGCCAUUGCCAAGUUUGACUACGUCGGGCGCUCAUCCAGGGAGUUGUCCUUCAAGAAGGGCGCCUCCUUGCUGCUGUAUCAACGGGCGUCUGAAGACUGGUGGGAGGGACGCCACAACGGCAUCGACGGCCUGGUGCCACACCAGUAUAUAGUUGUCCAGGACAUAGAUGACAACUUCUCAGACACUCUGAGUCAGAAGGCUGACAGCGAGGCCAGCAGCGGCCACGCCGGGGAGGAUAAAUGCUCAGGAAAAGACAUCGGCUCACCCUCUGACACCAGGAUCUCUGAGGCCUACAUCACCAGCAGGCACAGGAAAAGAUCAGAACCACCUUCUCGGCGGCCUCCCGCCCGCCCAAGCGACGUCCACUGCAUGGUGCACCCUUCCCAGCAGGGUCAUGGCGGACAUGGAGGCACCCCUGAGAUGGGUUCCCCAGUUCUAGGCCACUUCAGCCCGCGGGACAUGCUGCGGAGUCGCAACCACUUGCCCAUGGACAGCCCCGAGCGUCGGCGCCGCACUGGCCACGGCAGCCUGACUAACAUCAGCCGCCACGAGUCCCUGAAGAAGAUGGAGAGCCCUCCAAUCCGCCGCUCCACCUCUUCGGGCCAGUACACAGGCUUCACUGACACCCACCACCACCAUGGCGGCAAGCCCCUGGAUCCGGAGACCAUCGCACAGGACAUAGAGGAAACAAUGAACACGGCUCUUAACGAGCUGCGCGAGCUGGAGCGGCAGAGCUCAGCCAAGCACGCCCCCGACGUGGUGUUGGACACCCUGGAGCAGCGGCAGACCUCCGGCAGCAGCGGCGGGGGUCCCACGCCGGCCAGCUCCAGCGAGUCCCUCAGCCCCAUCCAUGGCGUCAUGCUGAGGUCCACCGCCAACACUGAGCCGCCCAUCCGCCGCAGCACCAGCUCCUCCAGCGAUACCAUGAGCACCUUCAAGCCUAUGGUAGCGCCCCGCAUGGGGGUGCAGCUCAAACCUCCCGCCUUGAGACCCAAGCCCAUGGUCCUGCCCAAAUCCAACCAGGUCCCACAGCCUCCAGCUACAUCUCCUCAGGACCCUCUGGACAAGUCCUGCACCAUGUAACCUCUGGGACAGAAACCAGACAUGCAAAACAAGAUAAACUCUCAUUAACCAGUUUCCACGGGGGCUGCUAGCAGUGUCUAUACUUUAAAGAGCGUGUAGAAUACAUGGACCUGGACAGGAAAAAACUACUUGCAUUUUGAGAUGGCUGUUUCCUUUUGGUGUUCUGAAGUUAAAAAAGUAGAUCAUAAAAGGCACUCUGAGACUGGUGUAGGAGUUACGGAUUUGUCAGCCGGACAAAUCUUCUGUCUCAAUAACACGUGCACAGUUAUGUGUUUUAAGCUUAGGUUAAUAUUAUCUAACAUAAGUCUGUUUCUUAAUGAACUCAAACAACAAAUCACAAAGGCUUCCUUUAAGGUUUUAGAAAAUGUACACUAGUUAGUUUAGUUUACAGACAUUCAUGAACUGUGUAACUUUGAAACAAAACACAGUGCAUGUAGCUCCUCUGUUUACCACUGAACCUGAAACGGAGCUUGAUGAGAACUGCAGUGACCACAGUGGCAUUCUCACACAUAGAACUAGAUUUUUUUUUUUUUUUUUUCUUUAACCUAGGAGGGCCCUUGAAGGCAUUUGUGAACUGGUCCAAAGGCCUUACUGACUCUGAGAUGUAACUGAUUUCAAAUAUUAAAAUGUUACUAUUAUAAAGGUGCUGUGACUACCUGGACAGAAGUGGUAUGAAGGUUGGACUGAUAAUGGGUCUGAAGAGCCCUUAACAACUAACGGUACUCUGUUAAUGAAUUAAUAGUACUGAUAGAAGUAGGCUUUUUUUCUUCAGUAGCGUGUAAACUCAGCAACUUUCUUUGGCAAAGCAUACCAUCAGUUGUGUCUCAGAAAUGUACAAAGAUCACCUCUGUGCUGGAUCCACUCAAAUUUUAUUUUAACAUAUUUUCCACUUUGCCUGGAAUGAGAUAUGACUAUUGGAUAAAACCACUACUUCAUUAUGAACUUUGUUUGAACAUUUUCGAUGCAUUCUUGAAUUCUUGCGUCAGUAAGUUAUGAUGCGGGGAUAAAAUAUGCCUAAUAACUUAUGCCUUUGCAUCUGUGUAUCCCAUGGGGAGCAGUGUGAAAGUGGUUUGUACUUUUAAAAAUUAUGACAAAUCAUCUCCUACCUACAGUAUAUACAACACAUAUGCUAUUAUACGGCGUGGAACACAUGCCAUCGCUUCUUUUGCGCCUUGCUUUGCUUUAUCUACCCAAAGACAUGACUACAAGUUAAAGCAUGGAUGUUGACCCUCCAUAUACGAUGUAGGCAUUCUUCAUAGUGACUGAUGUGUAUAGACUCAUGGCAGCGCCCUGUGGGAGUGCUGCCGGUAGCCAUGGACCUAAUGACUGUUAGUGUAAAAGCCUCCUAAUGUGUUCCCCCUGCUUCCUGUGCUUCUCUUUGUCAAGAUCUCUGAAAACAGCAGCUCGCUGAGUCCCUCUAGUCUGCUUUAUGCACAGGUUAGAAUGUCAGUAGUGUGUUCUUGUGUUGCUCUCUGACUAACCUUGAGGCUUUCUCUGUGGAUGAUGACACCUCUGAACGCCUGAUGUGUGGCAGGAAAUGUGGAACAAGAGGAAGUCUUCCACCGUCAGCGAACAGCCCGUCGGUCAGUUCAUACGCGUCCAUGUCAAGUAAUAAUUUCAAAACGCAAUAGCCCCAUAAAACUGUAUGUGCCAGAGUUCCAACCGUGUGACUGCACCCCUGUAUGUGUCUUUUUUAAGUAACCUCUGUACUGUAAAAAAAUAGCAGAACUGGGUGCAUGUCUUGGAUGUGUGGCUAGCGUAACAACACUUAGAAAAGACUUGGUUUGCAAUGAAUAAGCAAUGCUCUCUAACAGCAGGUUUACACUAUCUUUGACUUGACAGAUAUUGUGUGUAUAGUAAUCAAAAAUUAAUUGAUUUCUGAAUUACUAACUUUCAUUAUUUUUAUAAUCAUUUUGUUGUUUUUUUUGUGUUUCUGGGUAGAAAUUACUUUAAAUUUAGAACAAAUGAUGUAGAAUAAAUAUCCAGAGAUACAGAUAUUGCACCUAUGAAGCCAGUUGUAAAAAAAAAAAAGAAAAAAAAAAGUGUGCUUUUGUCACUAUGUAACAUCAUCAACAGUAGGACUCAGUUAUGCCGUGUGUAGGCGUUAAGCUACUCUGUGGUGUUCUGUACAUCUGUAGUAUGUACUUGUGAAAGUGCCUUUGAAAAUGUUUUAGAGGAACUUCAGACAUUCUGUGCUGUUGCAUUUUCAUGUCAGAUGCUGUGUUUUGAGAAAAUGCAGUGCAGGAAGAAGACACAUGAAUAAGUAAUGAUGCCAUUUUCCAAAGUUAUAUGACAGAGUAAAUAAUAAAUAAACAGCUUACCCAUUGUGACAUUGCACUUUUAUGUAUAUAACUGUAUAUAUGGCAUGUAACAUCAUAACAUUUAGAGUUCUUUGAGGGCUUAUACCUCAAUGGAUUUCUUUCUAAUAAAGGAAAUAGUUUGUCGA